AUGCGAAUGAGGGGAAAGAUGGAAAAUAAGGCAAAUAAGGAAAAUAUGCCAAGUGAUUCAUAUAAUCCUUUAAGGGAAAUAUCACACGGAAGGAAGUGCCAAACCGUUAGCAAUUUCGCUUCCUUAAGUGGAGGAAAAAAAAAAAAGAGUUGCGUUAUGAAGGAAAAGAAAGUCCAACAGAGAAUAACUUACAAACUGAGAUCACCGUUGCAGGCGAAAAAAAAAAAAAAAAAAUGUGCCAGCCAAGUGCAAGCUGAACGAGUGCCAUGUCAAGAGCCAGAAACAGAUGAACAACAUAAUCAUAACCAAAAAAGCAACAAUUUAUUCGCCUUUAAGGAGAAAGAAAAAAAGGCAAAUAAGCCUGGUUACGAGAGAAACACUAUUUGUGUAGAAAAAAAGGCGAGUAAAAUACUUUAUGAGAAAGGAGGGAACACAGUAUCGGAUGGUCAAAAAAGCGUAAGCACAUUUUGCGAGGAGGAAGAUACACCCCCAACAGGUGAACGAACACCCGAAAGGGAAAAAAGCAAAGCAGCCCUUAAAAAAAAAAAAAAAAAAGCACAUGCUGGGAAUAAAAAAAACAAGGGAGAGAAGUACGAAGAUAUUGUUUCAAAACUGUGGGAGUGCAAAAAUGUUUCUCUGAUAAAUUUUUUAAAAAAAAUUAAAAGAGAAAAAUUUCAAUCCACAGCCCAGAUACUUAACGAGAAAUACUUGGAGAGAAGAAAGAAAAAGAGGGAUCAACGGGGGUGUAAAAAAGAAGGUGCGAAUUACUGGGAGCAACAAGGAAGCAAAAGCUGCGACAUUGGUGGAAAUAGGAACCAAACCCCAGCCGUGAAAAUUCAACGGAUGAAUAUACCGAAUAAUGAUUGCCCCUUGGAGGGAAGCCAACCAGCAAUAGAAAAAAGUAAAAAUAUUAAUGAGAGGCACAAAUCAUGUCAAGAAAGAAACAACCCAUCCAACGUACUACAAAUGGAAGGUGGAAAUAGCAAUACAUUUUACGACACACAAGGUGAUAAAUAUUAUGUGAAAAUUAACAGUAACGAAUGCACACAAAAUGUUGACAUAGACCAGGACUUCUUUUAUGAUCGGAGUAGACACAAGGGAAGAGAGAUGUCCAAGGAAGAGGUGCAAUGUAACCACUCAUCCAUCAGCAUCAAAGUGAAAAAGUUUUUCUUAAUUUUUUGCAAUGGCUGUUUAGUUGUAUUUUUGGGGGUCAGCAAUAACAUAUGCGGUAGGAUGAGGAAUCGAGUACUGAACAACUUUGACAGCUUAACUGCGUCGUAUAAUGCUAUAGCCUAUGUGAUGAUUUAUUUAGUUCUUUGUAUUAUUUACUGUAAGUCAAGGAGCAUUACCAAGGAGCACUGGUCUUAUAUAUAUCCUUGCUUGCGUAGAUAUUUUAGGAAAAGGGAGAAAGGCUCUGAUGUGAGACAGAUAGAAAAAGAAAAGGGGGAACCGAAGCAGGAGAGCGAUUGGACCAUUGAUAUGAGGGAUCAAGAGACAAUCAAGAGAAAGAAGAAAAUCAUGAAGCUGUUCUACAUUCACAAGAAAAGGAUAUACGAGCCGCUUCUGGAGAAGGGCAAGGACGACGUGGAGGUGGGGAGCUCCGGCGCCAUAAGUAGCAGCAUAAGCGGUAGCAUCGAUAAUAGCAGAUGCAGUAGCAGGUGUUGCAACAGAAAGGGUGGCCAUAUUGAUAUCCCCAGUGAGCAACCAAGUGUCGGUCUAUGUGGAGGGCGAAGUAUCUCCAAGAGUGAAGGAGCGAGUGCACGUGCAAAGCCAAGCCAAGUAAAAGACGCACGAGCCGGGCAAGACAAUACCCUCCACAGCGGUAGCGCACUAAACAUAUGUGAGCCCAGUUCCCAUGAGAUGAAAGAAUAUAAUGAUGAAAAAACGAACACUUUGUGUCCCUGCCGUAAUGCCAUUGUGGAGAACUCCGAUGCGGAGGAAGUAUACUCAUUUAGUAAGCAAGACAUAAAGGAUAUACUAGAACAUCACCAACAUGAUAAAUCGUACAAAGAUGCCCUUCGCUGCAGAGAGACGACGGAGAAUGGAUUGUUUUCAAAUGUAAAAAAGAAGUGGAGAAACUUGGGAGCAUACAAGUAUAUAGUCGUCAUAGCUUUAUUGGACAUAAUAUCAAACACAUUGUAUUUUGUGUCUCAACUAGCCAUUCCGCUAACCAUUCUACUGCUCCUGAAUCAGUUGAAUUUUAUCUUCUCCAUUAUAUUAUCAUACUUCAUUUUAAGAAGGAAGUAUAACAUUCAUCAUGCAUUGUCAGUCAUUAUCGUUAUAGUAGGUUUCCUCUUCUUCUACAUCCCCUACGUGUACAAGGAAGACACAGUUAUUACGAAGCAGACGAUGGUCAGCUAUUAUAUGAACUCCAAUUUUUAUCUAAAUGUGAAUGAUGCAUUGAAUAGCAGUUCUAGCUAUUUUAACAGAUUCUACCCUUGUAAUGAACCCAGCUCCAGUACGACAAGCCCGUUUGGCAUAUUCGCAUCUAUCCUUUUUUGUGUGCUCUCCAUUUUGCUAACAUCAUAUGGUGGGAUUCUCAGGGAAAUAUUCUUCUCCGAGUAUAUAAAAGGAAGAGAAAAGCGUCACAAGGUAAUCAGCUUAAGGAAGGGUAAAACGAAAUGUUCUCAAUACUGUAGUGCCAUCUGCGCUCCAGAGCUUGGUGUACCACAGAAUGUUUUCUGCGAAAUCGACACAGAAGGAAGAACAUCCUCUGGAGAGAGUAACAAACAGGAGAGAAAGCACGACCACUCGGAGAAAGAAACUCUCGUUGAGUACCCCCUUUUUAAUAAACCGACGAAUAUCUAUAAAAAUGGAUACAUGGUAAAUGUAAAACAGUCAACUGUAAGCUUCCAACAGGGAGAUGAUGAAUUGUUAAGUGGAGUGUCUGUGUCUCAGGCAAAUCGUAUCAUGGAUGGGGUUGAUAGUGCCGAGGGACAUUUUACGUCUCCCUGCCCGAUGUGUGGGAAAGGUGGGGCGCAAGCGGACGCAUCCAAGGGUGGGCUGGAUAUUAUGGAGAACAAACCGCUUCAUAAUAUUGUUGAAGUAGAAAAAGUUACUCCCAAAUGUGAAAGAGUGCAGAAAAGGAAGAAAGGAAGAAGCGGUUCUGACAAGAUGAGCGUUAUACUUUUGUCUUUCAACAUUUCGUUAAUCCAAAUUUGUUUGCUUCCAAUGAUAAUAUAUUUUCAACUGCUAUUUAACAACGACAAGGACGUUUCUUACUUGCUAUACAUCAAAGACAGUAUCCAGUGUUUUUCAGGACAAACGAUGGAGAAUAACUCCAACUGUAAGUACUCCUUUGGUGUGUACAGUCUAUAUAUAGUGGUGAACGCUAUUUUCAAUUUGAGUGUUUCCUCAUUUUACAGCAACUACUCUUCAGCCGAAUGUUUCUUAAUUUUGAAGUCCUCAACUCCGCUUACUCUGGUCGUUUUAUAUUUUUACGACUUCCCGUUUAUCCUGGAGAGUGACAAAUAUUUUUCCAUUUAUUUUUUGAUCAGCAUAGUGAUUGUUUUUACUGGCGUGAGUUACUUCUUUUAUCAGAGCGUCGCGUCAGAUAAAAAAAAAAAAAAAAAAAAAAAAAAGGUGGCCACGUAA